AUGUUUGUGGACGAAGAUCUUCAAAAAUCAACUUUUGAACAAAGUAGUGAGAGAGGAUCAUCGACUCUGCAUAAUAUUCUUCUUGAACAAAAAGAAAAACUACUCCGAAACGCUCGCAGAAAAAAAAGACAAUUAAGGCAAACAUGGUUUCGAUUUUAUUUCGUUUUAAGAAAGGAAAAGGUUGUUGAAGCACAAAGGCAUUACGGCAAUACAAAAAAUCGCAAAAUUGAAGGAAUAUGUGAUAUCGCUGGUCAUUAUUGCUCUAAUCUUUUAGGAUUAGAUCAAAUUAUUACCAGGAUUGGAACAGAAUCAAAGAAGUUCAUAGCUCCUCUUGUAAAUUCUGAAGCAAGACAAGUAGAAACUCCAACAAAUAAACAAUUAGAAGAUCGCACUGCAGAAAUCUACUCUUACAACUUUGAUUUUACUAAUUGUAUGAAUAUAAUUGCACAAGAUGUUAAUAGAAUGAUUUCAAAUGUCACAAAUUUCGAAAUAAUAAAUGCAGAAACAGAUAACUCAACGCAUCCUAUUGAUGAUAUUGCUAAAGAAGCUAUAGAAAAUAUGAAUAUUAUUACUGCUCCUCUAAAUAUAAAAAAAAUCGAAAAACCAUUAUCAGAUCUCAAUCAAGACAUGUUUAUUUUUACAGCAUUUUCAAGCUACGAGGCCAUCGCAGAUGGUGCAGCAACUCUUGCUGUUAGCGAUAUCGAUUUUGCCGGUAUUGGACUAGGAUCUAUACAAAAUUCAGUUGUUCCUCGUCUUAGACCAUUCUUACGCCUUGCUUUUCCAAGAUGGGAUAAUGAAGUCGAGCUUACAAUCGAUAGAGGUGACACUCUUGAUCCUAAUUCGAUAACUUCAUUUUUCGAUACAAAAACUGACACAACUUCGACAACAUUUAUUGAUGGAAUCUAUGCCAAUGAAGCUAAAGAGAUGCUUGGUGAAACUCAGCCGUUAAUUGACGAACUUGUUGACGAAUUAUUCCCAAUGGUCCUUGAAGAUGAGAUUUACAAAGAGAUUGUUCCAGAAGAGUUCUUUGGAGACAUAAUAGAACCACCAGCCGUAUUAGUUUCUCGUGAUUUGAACCAAGACAUAACAGAUUCUAUGUCAUUUAUCGAUGAAGAGUUACAUAAGAGCUUGGUUCAGUUUUGCGGUAAUAAACUUGGUGUUUCUGGCGUUGUUGACAAGAUUUCUAGUUUUCAGGUCAAUUAUUUCGAUUCAAUGCUUAAAAAGAAAGUUGCAGAGUCAACAUUUCAUCAUCUAUCAGUUCUUACUCCAUUCCUUAAAGGUGCUGCUGAUGCAAAAAGACACAAAAUGGAAGGAACAGAUGCAUCUUCACUUACACGUAAAUGGAAAGACCAGAUGAUGAACAAGAUCAGAGAAUUCUUAGAUUAG